CAACUUGGAGGUCUUGAAAGCAAAUUAUGGUUUCAAAGAAGGGAAGGCGUCGAAGGCUUUCAUUCCCUACCAUUGUUCAAAGGUUUUUGCCUCCUAAUGAUAUGGUUGGGUCUUCAUUUUAAAUUCUAUUCUAAGUUGAACUCCUUUUCAAAGGCACCUGUUGAAGCAACAACAAGAGGAACAAACACAGAGUUGAAGGAUGCUCAAGAGGAGUCAAGUCAUUGAGAGCAACCCUGAUGCUACACUUGAAUUGAACAUGGGGCCACAGACAGAGCCAGCAUGCCUCGAGAAAACAGGAGUUAGUGCUAGUGAGGACUAUGGUGCAGGCCUCCUUGAAAACCAGCUCAGUGUGGAGGAUUUUGUGAAGAUACAACAGGUCUUUGAGUCCCAGGAUCCAAGGCAAAGCAUUUGUAUGCCCAGGGAAGAGUUCAUACAGAAGAUGACAGAGACUGUGGGUUGGGGUACAAAGGAACAAUAUGGAGAUCUCUUUGACAAAGUGGAUGUGGCCCGAGAUGGCUUCAUUGAUUGGGACAAGCUGACUUCAUUUAUACUUCUAUCACUGUAUGAAAGAGAUGAAAGAGCCAAGGCCACUGUGGUUACCCAAUGGAAGGACCUGGAGUUUCUCCCAGGAAAACACAAGGACACCAUCCAGAAAGUUGUUUUCUUAAAAAGUUCAAGUCGUUACUUGACUAUUAGCAAAGAAGGCUUAGUAGGAAUCUGGGGCGAGAACUUAAAGUUGCAAGAAGCACUUCCUAUCACUUCAGAUGCCACCAAACUCAAAUACCUGUGGGUGACAAGUUUGGUUUCUCUGGAAAAUGUUAACAAGAUUGCAGUGGCUUUUACAAGCAAAGAGAUUUGUUUCUAUGAUCUACUGUCCAAAGAACAAUUUCCUUGUCAAUACAAACUCCAAGGCCUGAAAGGAACUCCUAUCUGCAUGGAUUAUUGGUAUAAUCCUCUUGAUCCCAGAGAAUCCAUUCUUUCUUUUGGGGAUAUAACUGGAAAGGUUCAAGCAAUUGUUUUCACAGCAGCCAUGAUUUCUCUCUUUGAACGGCCUGCUAAUGCAUGUGAUGAUGAAGAAGCCGCCAUGACGAUUGACUGGGCAGAGCUGCUCUCUGGCUGUCACAAAUGUUGUCACAUAUUACAGCACACACUUCAUCAUGGAGACUGGGUCAGGCAAGUUACUUACAAUGCCUCUUUAGAUGCAUUCAUUUCCAGUACAACCAGCAGAACAAACACUGUAGUGCUGGCAUGGAGAGAGAGGUCAAAAAAACUCCUUAAGAUGACAUCUUUCCACAUUGCCCAGGGCAUUCAUGCUUUUGAUUACCACUCUCGGCUCAAUUUAAUUGCAACAGCUGGCAUCAACAAUAAAGUUUGCCUUUGGAACCCCUAUGUAAUCUCUAAACCAGUUGGUGUUCUAUGGGGCCAUUCAGCCAGUGUCAUAGCAGUGCAGUUCUUUGCUGAGAGAAAACAACUUUUCAGCUUUUCCAGGGAUAAGGUUUUGAGACUCUGGGAUAUUCAACACCAGCUGUCCAUUCAAAGGAUAGCGUGUUCUUUCCCCAAAAGUCAAGACUUCAGGUGCCUUUUCCAUUUUGAUGAAGCCCAUGGACGGCUUUUCAUCUCCUUCAAUAAUCAGCUUGCCUUGUUGGCCAUGAAAAAUGAAGCUGGCCAGAGGGUGAAGAGCCAUUUGAAAGCAGUCACUUGUGUCCUUUAUAAUUCCCUCCUGAAGCAGGUAAUCAGCUCUGAUGCGGGGUCUACUGUGUCCUUCUGGAUGAUAGAAACUGGACAAAAAAUCAAGCAGUUUACCGGUUGCCAUGGCAAAGCAGAGAUCAGCACCAUGGCUCUGGAUGCAAAUAUGACAAGGCUUUUGACUGGCAGCACAGAUGGGACUGUAAAGGUUUGGGACUUUAAUGGACAUUGUUACCACACCCUACGUGUUGGGCAGGAUGAAGUUGUGAAUAUUUCACAGAUCCUGGUGCUUAACAAGACUAUCCUGGUUGUGGGCUGGGAAAGGUCAGUUACUGUGUUUAGACCCCAGAACUUCAAUCAGUUUUCCAUCCAGUCUGAAGAGUGGAAAGGAGGCAUCCAUCACCAAGAUGACAUCUUGUGUGCUGCAUUUUCACCCCCGCAAACUCUUGCCACAGGGAGCUAUGAUGGAGAAAUUGUUCUGUGGAAUAACAGCACAGAAAACGCUUACCAUGUUCUUCACCCUGAUCACCAGAGGCAGCUAACGUCCAAAUUAGAAACUAAAGCCCAAAAGCUUAAUGCAAAGAAAAGUGGCUCAACAGAAUGCAUGAUAGACCAGUCCACCCUGGCUGCACAGAAUUUUGAGAUUGACACAGAGGGUAAUAAUGCUGUUAUGAGACUGUGUUUCCUUGAAGCAAGAAAAAACAAUGCAGCCACAGGAGGCGCUAACCUGGUGUCAUGUGGAGCAUCUGGUUAUGUAAGAUUCUGGAAUACAUUUAAGAAAGAACUCCUGGCUGAAUUUUUAGCUCAUGCUGGAGUUGGGCCCAUUAUUAUGUCUACCGAUAAACAGAAUCAGUACCUUACCACUGGAGAUCCUGAUGGAUGGCUAAAAAUCUGGAACAUAGAGGAGUAUUGUACUAAUUCCACUGAGAACAGAAUCACUCAGACUCCAACUUUGCUCAGAUCACUCCGUCCUCAUGAGGACCGGAUAACUUCCUUGGAGAUGUGUGAGUCAGGUGGUCAUUUGCUGAUCAUUUCUUCCUCUGCAGACUGCAGGGUCUGUGUGACUGGACUUUCCAAUGCUCCUGCCUUGAUCUUUGGUCAGGCAAGCCACUGGAAUAUUGAAAAUUAUUUUUCUCUUCCUAAAGAAGACACUAAUGUAAUAGAAAGUAAGAGUCAAAAGGAUAACAUGAAAGUAAAUCCUUUAUUUUCUAAAGAGAAGUCAUGCUCAGACUCAACAGAACAUUCUUUGCUUUCUGAGGAAAACAACUCAACACACAUCUUCAGAUCAUCAGAAGAAAUGAAUUUCAGUCUAAAAUAUAAGAAGAGAAAUAUCUGUAAGAAAAAAACAUAUAAACCUUGUUGUGAUGAAAUUCUACAAAAAUCAGCCAGCAUAUUUGGGUCCUUAAGCCUUGGAAUCCUGAAAGAGCUCCCUGAUGUGAGUAAGCCUGAGUUUCUUCUUGACCCUGACAAAUACUUUAAGGAAGGACCGGAGGAGGAUGAGCCCCAAAUUCCUGAUCUUCCUUUGCUCUCUGAAACUUUGAAAGUUGUAUUUGAUGAGAAAAGCCUGUUCCCUAAAGAAAUUCUCAAUCGUGAAAGACAUGGCAAAUCGUUAUGUCAAGAAACAAAUGACGAAGUGAAGAUAAGGCGAAAUAAGAAACAAUUAUGAUCAAGUAACA